AUGGAUUCUCCAGCAUCAAGGCUACUUCCAACUGAAACGCCCAAUGUUGGCGGAAAUGAAUUUGGUGAUCUUGAUGACCUUUUCGAUUAUGAUGCUGGAGAUACGAAUGAUCCAUUCAGCGAAAAUUACGUCGUUCCCGGAAGUAAAGAUAAAGAAAAGGGCAAGGAAUCAGCAAGCAAUAAAAAAACUGGUGCAGGAUUGGGUAUUGAUGAGGAGAUCGAAGUCACCAAAAAGCCUAGAGUCCCUCGAGUGAAACUUGAUGAGCACAAACUUCUAUCUUCUGCAGGAAUACCAAAAUUACGAAAAAAGGCCGCAGAUCAUUUGAAGUUCAAGGGCAAAGGCCAUGAGUACUCCGAUGCGGCCCGACUCCUUGCAUUUUACCAACUCUGGCUCGACGACCUAUUCCCAAAGGCUAAGUUUUCUGACGCAUUAGCCAUGGUUGAAAAGCUAGGUCACAAAAAAAUGAUACAAUCUGCGAGAAUGGACUGGAUUAAUGAGGGGAAACCCAAAUAUUCGGAGCAUGAAGAAUCCCUGUUUGACGAACCAGGACUUCCUCCACGGAGUGAUAAUGAGCGGGGAAGAACGGCAUCAAGGAUAGCACCGAUUUUUGAAAAUGCAGUGCCUACACGCCCCAGAACACCGGUCCUAAAUCAAGAUCCGGACUUCGAUGAUAUGUAUGAUGCUACUCCAAGGAUCUUGCGACAACAACCAGUCGCACAGUCGGCUUCGGUGUUUGGUGGAGGUGAUAAUAGUUUAUUGGGUCCUCAGAAGGUCACCGCAACUGAAGAAGAUGCGCCGCCAGACGAUGACCUGGAAGCAUUACUAGCAGAAGCAGAACAGGAAGGUGGCAACGAAGAAAUGCUAGACGAUGAUCUUGAAGCGCUGCUGGCAGUGGAGAACGACAUGAAUGCCCCUGCUCGCCUUGCAAAACAUCACACAGAGAAAUCCGCACAAGCGGACGUCGAUGAUAUGGAUGCUAUAGAAGCUAUGGCUGAUAUGGAUUUUGACAUGGACAUGGACGGAGGAUGGUAA